UUUCAGCAUUGUAUCAUUAAACAAAUAACAAAACCAUGAAUUCACUAUUAAUUUCUAUGUUAAGUUUAUUAUCCUUUUUCAAUUGGAAUCAGGCAACCACAUUGCCUGAUUUCAUAACUCCAUGCAAAGGAUCUGAUCCAAAUUUAAACGACUGCGCAACCAUUGCUGCAAAUAAAGCAAUACCAAUUUUGGUAAAAGGAUAUCCCACACUAAACAUUCCUGUGUUAUCGCCUUUAAAAAUACCACAAAUUAAAGUGGAAAACAAUGGUCAAUUGAAUAUUGUAUUAAAUGAUGCAAUUGUGCGGGGUCUAGAGGAAUCUAAAGUAUCAAAUUUCAACAUUGAUUUAAAAUCGAAUCAUCUCCGGUUUAUUUUAAAUAUACCAAAUUUAAAUAUUCAAGCUGAAUACGUAAUGUCUGGGCAAUUACUUGUUUUGCCAUUAAGUGGGAAAGGUCCUGCAAAUGUUACAGCAUCUAAUGGUGAUUACGAUAUUGAUAUUGCUUACACGUUAUAUGAAAAAAACGAUAUUCAAUAUAUCAAAUUGGAAAAAGUUGAUGUGAAAUUGGAUAUCAAAGGCUUGCAAUUUCAUUUUGAUAACUUGCUCAAUGCAAACAAGCAAAUAUCAGACGAUGCUAAUGCAUUUCUAAACAAAGAAUGGCGUCAAGUUCUUAAAGAUCUUGAGCCAGCGUUAAAAGAAGCAAUUGAAGUGAUUGUUCUUCAAGUUGCUAAUGGUAUUGUUGAUAAGGUCCCUUAUUUGGAAAUUUAUGGUGGUGAGGUUCCAUAAGAUAUCUCUAUCAGAAUUACUUCAUAUA